UCUCCCUCCCUCCUCCUCUCUCCUCCUCAAGCAUCCUCCUCCUCUCCGGAUGCGACGGUGUCCACGGUCGCCUGCCUCCCGCCUGCCUCGCGCCUGCUCCCGGCUCCAGCUCCAGACAGAAGCUGCAGGGGCGACUGUGAUGAGACCAGAAGAGGAAUGGAAAACGGUGACGACCAAGAGAGUUUGGUGAAGAGAUGAGCUCAUCGAACACAUCUCGAUGGAAUCCUCUUUCAACGCCGUAGAGCUCCGGGAGCUGCGGGGCGGAGGAGGCCGGAGAGGCGUGUCUCCAUCGCGGGACACGGCGCCCUGGACAGCGGGCGCAGUGGGCAGCUCCGCCCGAGGCUUCGAGAACGGCUCCUUCCAGCAGGACGAGGAGCAAAACCACCACCAGCACCACCACCAGCAGGAGGAGGAGGUGGAGGAGGAGGUGGUGAGCUGCCCACCUUCAACUUCAGGCAACAGCAAGCAUCAGGAGCUCUGCCCUCAGUCGUACGAUGAGGAGGAAGGAGGAGGAGGAGGGGGGGAGGACGGAGGACAGGGCUUCACCGAGAUAAACCCGGCCGACGACCACUCGGCGGAUUACGGCUUCGUCUUCGCCCUGGUGUUCCUGGUGAGCGGGAUCGUCCUGGUGGUCAUCGCCUACACCAUCCCCAGAGAGGCCAAAGUGGACCCGGACUCGGUGUCGGCCCGGCAGAUGGAGAAGCUGGAGAUGUACUACGCCCAGCUGGGCUCCCACCUGGACAAGUGCAUCAUCGCGGGCCUGGGCCUGCUGACCCUGGGGGGGAUGUUCCUGUCCGUGCUCCUCAUGGUGUCCAUAUGCCGCGGCGAGAUGUACCGACGUCGGGCAGCGUUCGUUCGACCCAAGAGGACUUACGGCUCCAUCAACCUGAGGAUGAAGCAGCUGGCGACAGGAGAGGCCGGAGAGGGCGGGGACGGAGGGGAGGAGUUUCUGGUGGAGCCCGCAGAGACUCGGAAUAACAUUCAACCGGGGGCGAGCCGGGACUCCAGAUCUGAACCCAGCAGAAACCCUCCGGAUGCUUCUUCCUCUUCUUCUUCCUCAGCUGCUGCACACGGACUCAACUAGCUGUGUGUUACCGUGCUGCCUUCCUCCGGGUGAGCGCUCAGCUGCAACACGGGGAUGCAAAAUGGUGCAGAUCCCCCAUUUGUGCUGAGAGAAGCUCGUCCCCAGCACAAGACUUUGGGCUGCAGCAGCCCGGCUUCAACCCGGCACUCUGGGAUGAAGGUAAACCGAGUUAAUGGGUUAUUUAAUCUCACCGAUCGCAUAAGGGAAGUAUAAC